AAACAGGCAAAACUGAAAACAGUAAAAUUAUUAAUCAUUUUUAUUAGGUUUUUGUAUUUUUGUUUAUAAGUUUCUGUUGUCCUGCAGAGCUGAUUUUCAGCCUGAAACUCUGUACCCUGAAAAGCAAAAAUAUCGCUCAUUUCCGAAACGUGAGCUGCGGUUCUCCAGUAUUUCGGUGUCUGUGUCUUUCACCAAAACUGUCCGUCCUAUCCAUAAUUAGAUUAUUUUGUAUGGGUACUUACAAUUAGGUAUUUCACCUCUUUCACAAUUGACGUUCUGAGCGUCAUAUGCUAGUUCUUGUUUAUGCGAUCAGCGCAUUGCAUGCUCUUAUCUGGUUUUAUUUAUCGAGCUGUUGGCUCGCACCUAUCCCGUUCCCUGAAACGACAGUUCUCAUUUUUCCACCAACCCUGCGGACGUUCUCCUUGUGCUCGUAUUCCGCUCUUUGCGCUGUACCUGCCCGGACCAUCCAGUAAAUCCUCACCCGAUUCUUACUGCUCGCGUAACUCGCUAUCCAGUGCAUUACUUCGCAACAGUCGCGCCUACUCCACCAUGCCGAAACUCAAUACCACCGAUCGCCUGUAUCAGCUGCGUCAGGUGAUGAAGAAUGUGACGGUGGUGCCGGAAGUCCUGGCGGCUUAUAUUAUCCCGACGGAUGACGCUCACCAGAAUGAGUAUAUUGGGCCGUCGGAUCAGCGACGCUCUUAUAUUUCGGGCUUCACGGGAUCGGCCGGUACUGCAGUGGUCACGGAGCAUAAAGCGGCAUUGUGGACGGAUGGACGAUAUUUUCUGCAGGCGGCGGAUCAGCUGGAUGAAAACUGGGUGCUGGUCAAGGAUCGUUUACCUGACACACCUUCUCUGGGAAAAUGGCUGAACGAGCAUACUCCGGUGCAGAGUGCAGUUGGGGCUGAUCCCACGACGAUGUCGGAUUCUACAUGGGAUACCGUGGCCAAGGAGCUGGAGAGCCAGGAACGACGUUUAGUGCCUAUUCCCAUGAAUCUAAUUGAUUUUGUGUGGGAGAAUCGCCCCAGACCUUCUAACAACACUGCUUGUGUGUUGCCACUAAAGUAUGCUGGAAAAGACUGGAGACAGAAGGUUCUCGAGGUGCGGGAAAAAAUGACGGAAAAGCGAGCCGAUUUUCUUGUCGUAACCGCUCUGGAUGAAAUCGCUUGGCUGCUCAAUCUGCGAGGUGCCGACAUUCCAUACAACCCGGUGUUUUUUUCCUAUGUCAUUGUUGGCUUUGAUGCUGUUCGAUUAUUCGUUCAGGAAUUCAAAGUGACACAGAGUGUUUUGGAGCACUUUCAGACAAAAAUGGAGCAUGGGCAAGUGCACUUGCACGACAACCGGAUAUUUCAACAACCGACAACCGGUUUGGGUUUUGGUGUUUUGGAGCACCUUUCAGACAAAAAUUCUAUGGAUACAGAUAUGGAACUUGUAAUUUUGCCUUAUGACCAGAUGUUUUCUGAACUGGACAAAAUUGUGCAUCAGAAUGCUUCCAAGAAAGUUUGGGUGGCACCGGAAUCAAGCCACGCAGUAUUCAGUAAAAUUCCCGCGAAACAGUUGAUUCGUACUGCUUCCCCGAUUACCUUGAUGAAGGCUAUCAAGAAUAGUGUGGAACUGGAAGGAAUGGUUAGCUGUCAUAUUCGGGAUGGGAUUGCACUAGCUGAAUUUUUUGCCUGGAUGGAAAAAGAAGUUCCCAAAGGCACUGUCUCGGAGUUAUCGGCCGCAGCAAAACUUGAAGAGUUCCGCAGUGCUCAGGAGAACUACAUUAGUCUGAGCUUUGACACUAUUGCCGCAUCGGGACCGAAUGGCGCUGUGAUUCACUACAAACCCACACCGGAAACCAAUCGCGUGGUUUCGGUCAACGACAUGUUCUUGUUGGAUUCCGGAUCGCAGUACUUGGAUGGUACAACGGAUGUGACGCGGACGAUGCAUUUUGGCACACCCAGCGAGUAUCAAAAGGAGUGUUAUACAAGAGUGCUCAAGGGCAAUUUGGCGCUUGCUAUGACAAAGUUUCCCGAAAAGACGACAGGAAUCCGGUUGGACACACUAGCACGGCAUGCUUUAUGGCAGGUUGGACUGGAUUAUGGUCACGGAACGGGCCAUGGCGUGGGCUCUUUUCUGAAUGUUCACGAAGGGCCAAUGUCUAUUAGCUUCCGCCACAAUCCUAACGAUCCAGGCCUUGUGGCAGCGAUGGUAGUAACUGAUGAACCUGGAUACUACGAAGCAGGAGCAUUUGGUAUCCGCAUUGAAGACCAACUGGUGGUGGAACAAGCAGCGAUGACGUACGGAAAUGCAACAUUUUUGGGAUUCCGUGUGCUCACUAUGGUGCCGUUGCAAAGAAAACUGCUCAGGCCCGAUUUGUUAACCCCGGUGGAGAUUGAGAGAAUUAAUAAGUACCACGAAUACUGUAUGCAGCAUGUGGGCCGUGCACUGCAAGAUGCAGGGAAAACGGAAGCGUACCGGUGGCUGCAGAAUCAGUGUGUGCCUAUUGGUUAAUCCGAAUUAUUCUAAAAAAAAAUGACACUAGUAUAUUUUUUAUCUUCGGGUUGGUUAAAUUGUAUGUCUAUCUACACUUUUUUUUACUAUGUUAUUGUGCCAUUAUUAUUACUUCUAAUUGUUUGUGGUGGAGGGCACUGUUAAAAAAUAAGGCUUUCUGUAAAAUAAAACAAAGGAAGUGUG